AUGUUUGCCUCGGCUGUCGAAAGGCCAGCCUGGUGCCUGCUGACCAUUACCGCCAUCUUCUUCGUAUCAUGCGUCUUUUCAGGAUUCUGGUUCAGUGAACUGAAUCCCAGGAUCCACGACGAUGACUAUCCCGAAAGCAUCACGGCAAUCUUUUCCACGCAAACCAUCGAUGCGCUCAACCAGGAUCGGCAACUACACGAGGCGCUGUUGUCGCUGACCACGGCGGUUGCACUCUCGUCGACAGAUCUUGGGGACAGAUAUGGAUGGGAAAAUCUGCGGUCCUUUGGGGGGAACCUGACGAGUGGAGUCGAACACUUUCGCAACAAGCAAGUAGAGACAGAAGGCAAGCGAGGCCUCAUUGAAGACAUUGGUAAGGGCAUUGGCAGCGCUUUGAGCAGCAAGCUGAAUGUCACUGGUGGGAUCCAGGGUGUUCUAUCGGGUCUAGGAAACAAUUUGGUUGGAGCACUGGGCACGCCUGCUCUGUUCUUGGGUAUCGGUCUUGGUAUGGGUGCAAGUACUGGCCUCAACCUAACCAGUCCGCAGCAGGCCAGCGCAAUAGCUUCCCGCAUUGCCACCUCAUUUAAUGCUGCUCCGACUGGCUUGAAUCUUGUUGCCCAGAACCUGGGUGACGGGCUUUUGUCACAAAUUUUGCCUACUGUCAAGCUUGGAAACGCUCAACUCCCAAAUAUCGGCCCGGCAGCCUUCGCUCUAGCAUCUGGAAUCGGCAACGCGACUGCAGCAGGCCUGGGGUUAACGCAAGAGCAGUUUAAGCCGGCCCAGAAUGCCACCAUUGAGGACAUAGCAGGCAACAUUGGUCUGGGAAUCACGACACCAUUAGUUGCCAAUCUGAAAGACAUGCUGCAGAGCUUGACUAGCAGCGCUGCCGGCUCGGGUCUGAUGCAAAAACUUCCUGAAAUUGCAUCGGCUGCCGGAGUAGGCUUAGGCAAAGGCGUGAAGAACGGAUUGGGUCUGGGGGCAACCAAAACCGACUCCAACGGCAACAACACUCAAGGGCGCAACCGACGGGCUACAGACGAUAAAUCUGGCGGUCCCGACAUCAGCCAGGCGGUAGAGUUGUUCACCGAGGGGGCCAGCCAGUCGUUCCUCGCAGGCAGCAACUUCUCACUGGCCAACAACUUGUUCGGCGGCGCUUCUCUUGCAGGUUCGUUUGAUAUCAAAUCCAUGCUCGCCCCUAUCGCGUCAGGAGUAGGUGCCGGUAUAGGACUUUGGGCCGCUGUCGGUUUGAAUUUCAGGCCAGUGGGUAGCAAGGCGACGAUUGCCGGUGACGGUACUGCCAACGGUACCAACGGGGUGCAGGUAGCCACGGCUGCGGAAGCCUUCACGCAGAACCUUCUGACAAACUUCCUUUUGAACAGCUCAGUCAUUGAUGACGUUAAGAUGAUUGCGAAGGGCAAGAACCCAAUGUUCCGCCUAAACUUUGAGGCGGCCCAGGCAGCAGAAGGCUUCGGUAGAGGCGCAAUCGAGGGUGUUGUCAGCGCCAUAUCCUCGGUUGGAGGAUUCAAGAACCUCGUCAGCGGCGAUAUCCCGGCCAAUGCGAUCGACGACCUACCCGUUCUGGGCGCGAUAACGUUCAACGACUCGGUCAACGGGGCCGCUGUUGGUCUUGGACGUGGGAUUACCGGAAAAGGAACUUUACUUGUUGCAAACAUUGUCAAAAACCUCACAUCAGGAUCCCAAACGUCGAAGAACGCUGCAUUGGGACGAAAGCGUAGCAUCAGCAGUGGACACGAGGGGGUCAGCGUAGACAAACUCAGUCCUCUCUACACCCGUCAGACUCAACAGACGGGUAGCGUCGAAGCACCGUUAGCAAUUGACGCAGCCACAGCACAGGCAGGCGGCCAAAAGGCUGUUGAUGUUCUUAAUUGUCAGGGCAUCGGUGGUCUUGCCUCUGUGUUCUUGGGUGUCCGGUCCAAUCUGAAGCCAGAUAUGAGCAUUUUCUCAUUAGCUGGGGGCGCCAACGGACCCCCGCUUGAUCCACAGGUUUUGCAAGCUCUACCCAAAGGACCGGUCAAUAUUACCUUGAAUGGCAAUACGUUUGAAAUUGUGCUGCAGGAUCAGGAUGUAAAGGUCAAUGGACAGGAAUUGAAGGUGUUUGUAGUACUUACUGCACUGCAUGUACUGUUUGUAACGCUUGCAUUUUUCCUUUUCCUGCCACUAUAUCUCAUCUGGGGUGUGGUCUGGCGCUUCUCGAACCUCGUCGGCUACCCAGUCGAUGAAGCCAGGAACAGGAACUGGCGCAUGGGGUUCCUGCUUGCCUUUGCCUUGUUUUCUAUUGUUGGCAUUGUCUUGGGCAUAGUGGGCAUAGGCAAUGUCCGUCAUUUCAGAGACCUCCAUGCCAUCCUCGGCUUGGUUGCUCUGAUUAUUAUCGUGCCUGCAGUAGGCUUGUCAAUCGUGCGGCUGCGCACUAGCAUGCCGCACCCGGCCCCCUCUGCAUUCGUGGGCUUCAAAGGCCCCAUUGGACUGGCGCGGUCACCACAGCGUGUCUAUUUCAUCAGCAGUGCGUUGAUCCAGAUCAUCAUCAUCUUGGGUCAGUUGUGUUUAAUCCGGGGAUUUGAGACACUGCGUUCCUUCUCGCUGUGUGCUGUGGAUGCCGUGCUGAAUUCGGCUGUGGUGGCUGGGCUUAUGAGCUUCUUGCUCAUGGUCCAAAUCAGCGCUACAGCACUGGUUGGUAUCAGAACGUGGCUAGAGCAGCGGAUUGCUGAUAAAGAGAAGAAGGGAGUGGCCCCCACGUUGGACCCUAGUGUCUUCGGGGACCCGAGGAAUAACACGAUGGAGAGGUUUGGGUUCGACCAAAAGAAGGCUGCUCCAGCUGUAGAUGUGGCUGGUGCAAGGACUCUCUCAAGGAGAACAGACGAGCUCCAGGGAACUGAGGACAGGAGCAUUAGCACGCCGUACAACCUGAAAAAGGACGGCAGCUUUUCUGGGCCAAGUUCAAAUGAAAACGCGCUCGUCUCGCCACGGAGUGGGGCCAAGUCGGAAGAGGGCGGUUUUUACACUCCCAAAACGGGAAACUAUACUCCUACAUCGGCACAGAAUGGCGAGUCUGCCAGCCGUGGGCGCAUGGGUGGCGAGCAGCGGCCUUCUUCGGGCGCGUUUAAUCGUUCGCUCUCUCCCGGACCUCGCAUCACGUCGAGGCCCAAGACUGCGAAUGUCACGACGCAGGACUUGUUUCCUCCGCCCAGGCCAGAGUCGGAGCGACCGGGCCGGGCCGUAGCGACGGAGCAGGCUGGGAGCAACAAAAGGAACAGCCGGCCAAUUGACGGGAACAUUGCGGUGAGGAACAGCCUUACUGGCUUUGAGGUGUGA